AUGAUUCACUUCGUGGUGAUGCGCGGAUUUUUAAAAUUUGAAUUCCGUGUGCACAGGUACAAGCUGGGCAACUAUCACCGGCCGUCGACUCCCGAAAAGGACGAAGACGAUGACGAGGAAGAUGUCGUCGAGGAGGAGGAGAGAGGAAGAGGGGCAACUGCCUCCGCUAGCGCACCAAGCCCGCGGAGGCGCCGAGAGUCCGGUGGCGGCGGCGGCGGCCAAGCGGCCUCCGUGAAACGGCCCGCGCCGCAAGCAGGAGGGGACACGCCCGGGGGCAAAGCUCGUCGCGUGCAACAGGACGACAAACGUGGAAGUUCAGCAGUGGUCCCGAGAAGGCAGAGUGAGAAGGAAGAAGGUGACAGCGAUUUUGACGCCGACACGGAUGUCGACGCAAACGAUGAAGACUACGACACCGAGGAGGAGAUUCAAAAAGUGAUGCAGCGGCAGCAGAAGCAAGAGACGGAAGCAUCGAAACACGUGGGCUCCGACGCCGAUCCCUUCGUCGGCGAUGCAUCGGGUUUGGAUGACGCGUCGGCGAUUCCUUUGGACCUGCCCGAUCUGCCGGCCUUCUUCACGGGAAAGACGUUCCUGCUGUACGGUGAUUUCCCGGCGGACGAGAGGCGCGCGCUCACCAGGUACAUCGUCGGCCACGACGGGGAUCUCAAGGAGGACUUGGACGAUACUGUGAAGUUUGUAAUCACCAAGUCUGAAUGGAACGACAACUUCGACGAGAUCUGCAGGCAAGCAGAGCGAGAAGUGGCAAUAGUGUGAAUAGCAGUGAUAACCUGUGGCGCUUUGUGCCUCUAGAACACGUCUGAGACGUUCCCUGGCGGCUCAGGUUCUCUCGAAGAAGAAAUGGUAAAAGAUUGCACGUUAGUGAAU